AUGGUCGGAACUUGUAACGGGCUUAUAUGCCUUGCUGACAACGAAGGCCUUCGGGACGAAGAUGCCCCCACAAUAAUUUGGAACCCUUCAGUCAGAAAGUAUGUGAUUUUGCCUAGCCCUAAUAUUAAGAAGGGCAACUUUACGGGUACACAUACCUAUUUCUUUGGCUAUGAUUCUCUGACCAAUGACUACAAGGUCUUGAGAAUUGUUACCGUAAGGAAAUCUUUGUUGGGGGUUAAGGUUUACUCCUUGGCCAAGGGAUGUUGGACAAGUCUAAGUGCUGCUGCAACUGCUGUUUUUCCUACUUAUUUGUGCUCGUGGCUCUUGAGUAAUUCGAAAGACGCAUUUUUUAAUGAUGCUAUGCAUUGGAUUCUACCCCGUGACAAAGAUUCCAAGGAACGUCUCAUUGUGUCAUUUGAUUUCGGCACUGAAUUAUUCCAUGAGAUCGCGAUGCCUGAAGAUUUUGGAAAAACAGGUUGCCCAUCUUAUGUUUUAAGAUAUGGAGAUUCUCUUGCCUUGGUUCAGAUGUUUCAGAUUGAUGACGGAGGAGAAUAUUUUGUCUAUAGGCUUCAUUUGUGGGUCAUGAAAAAAUAUGGUAACCAUAGUGUACUCUUCGAAGGAUAUCGUCCUAGCGUUCUUGGUUUCAAUAACUGUGAUGAACUGGUGAUGACAAAAUUGGUGGAUGGCCAUAGGCGGGCCAUAGUGGUGGAUUUCAAGACCGGAACUAAAGAUGCCGCAACUGCUCUAGAUGGCUACUCAUCAAUGAAUCCUUUUGUAGACAGUCUUAUCUUACUUGGCCAGCCCAACGUUGUUUCCUACUAA